AUGAUCCAGAGCGAAAAACACAUUGAAUUUAUCAAAAAGACAAUGAAAUGCAGAGAUUUUCUGUACUACAUUACUGAACAGGACCGAAUGGCAACAGUUUAUUGGGCAGCAAAUUCCUUAAAAAUGCUCAAAGAUCCACUGUUUGAACAGAUUAGGCCACAAGUCAUCCAGUUUGUCUAUUCGUGUCUAAAAACAAACGGCGGUUUUGGUCCAAAUCCAGAGUAUUCAUCAAAUGUGGUUUCAACAUUUAAUGCACUUCAACUUCUUUUCUUGUAUAACGUGCCGUACUACGAUAUCAAAACUGUUAAAUUCUUGCUUAGUCUGCAGAACCUAAGUGGUGCAUUUACUUUCGACGCAUACGGUGACAUUGAUACCAGAUUUGACUGCUGUGCUAUCCUUUCACUCCACUUGUUGUCAAUCAUGAAAGACUACAAGCAUAUUGACUAUUCUAAAGGUAUAGCUAUUUGCUCCUGUACAGCUGAUGCAUGUGACGUGUUCUCACUAGACAACUGUGCAGCAGACGGGAUGGAACACAAGAUAUGUCAGUAUUUGUCCCCUGAUAAUAGAUUAGAUCGGAGGCAUCUUUCUGAACCAAUAGACCAGUCAUUUCUUCAGGAUGUCGGAUUGGACAUUGAUAUUACACUCAGGCAUUUGGUGGAAUGUUUUAACUACGAUGGAGGCGUCGGACAGUUUAAGGGGUCUGAGUCGCAUGCAGCACAGACAUUCUGUGCACUAUCGUCGCUUCGCUCACUUGGACAUCUUGAAGCGAUCGAUAAGCUUAAAACCGUUGACUUCUUGAUGUAUAGACAGCUACCAAAUGGUGGACUGUGCGGUAGGAUUGGCAAAAAAGAAGAUGUCUGCUACUCCUUCUGGGCAUUUUCCUCGAUGGCUAUCCUCGAGUCUGAAUAUAUCAAUCUCGAAAAGCUACAGGAAUUUAUAUUUAGCUGUGAGGGUGAUGAGGGUGGAUUUAGCGAUAGGCCUGGAAAUGAGCCAGAUUUGUACCAUUUGAUGUUUUCACUGGCUUCAUUGAGCUUGCUUGGAAAUAAGAAGCUUGAUAAUAUCGAUCCAGGAUUUGCCAUUUAA